AUGCAUUCGUUUGGUUACAGAGCAAAACGCUCUGCUCACUUUCGCCGUCACGGCGCUCGCAUUCAUUUGCGCAAUCGCAUACUUAACAUCAAUCGGUUUAAGAAGCAAUCUCAUGGAAAUGAUGAGGUUAGCUUGACAUUGGACAUAGCAGCAGACUUACAGUCACUAUUUAAUUUGGAACACCAAACAGAAGAUCACAAGCUUGAGCGUACGUAA